AUGAGAAGGUAUGGUGCCGGUAUGGUGUGCGUGAUGAGAGGGCAUCAUGCGAGAUACGAGACGAUGAGAAAGUAUGGUGUCGGUAUGGUGUGCGUGGUGAGAGGGUAUCAUGCGAGAUACCAGAUCAUGAGAAGGUAUGGUGUCGGUAUGGUGCGUGUGGUGAGAGGGUAUCAUGCGAGAUACCAGAUCAUGAGAAGGUAUGGUGUCGGUAUGGUGCGUGUGGUGAGAGGNGGUUACGGUGGUGGAGGUGGAAAGAAAGGCGGUGGUGGCGGUGGUUACGGUGGUGGAGGUGGGAAGAAGGGCCGUGGUUUUGGCGGUGGUGGAAAGAAAGGCGGUGGUUUCGGUGGUGGAGGAAAGAAGGGUGGAGGUGGCCAGCGGUACAGAGUCAUAAGGCUGGUGCCCGUCAGCGGUGGAUAUGGCGGAGGUGGCGGUGGUGGUGGUUAUGGUGGUGGUGGUGGUGGUGGAGGCGGAUACGGUGGUGGUGGCGGAGGAUGGUGA